AUGGCAACAAACGAUACUUCUUUUGCGGCUCAUGUCGCCCACCAAUUCAACUCGUACGAGCAGGACCGCCAGAUGGACUCCAAGCAAACCAUCUACGCCACCAGUAAUGGGGUACCUACGGCUCAUCCCUACGAAGCUCAACGAGCAGGCGAGAGUGGGCCCCUCCUCCUCCAGGACUUCCACCUGAUCGAUCUCAUUUCCCACUUCGACCGAGAGCGCAUCCCAGAACGCGUUGUCCAUGCAAAGGGAAGCGGUGCCCAUGGCUUUUUUGAAUGUACCAACCCCGCCGAUGACCUGACUUGCCUCGAUAUCUGGAGCACCAAGGGGAAGAGAUGCCCGGUCACAGUUCGAUUCUCUACCGUCGGUGGCGAGGCUGGUUCUCACGACUGUGCCCGAGACCCUCGCGGCUUUGCCGUCAAGUUCAGAACCGAGGAAGGGAAUUGGGACCUGGUCGCCAACAACACUCCCGUCUUCUUCUUGAGGGACCCCGCCAAAUUCCCCCAUUUCAUCCACACACAGAAGAGACAUCCCUCGACACACUUGACCCAUGCCGACGACUCAACCAUGUUCUGGGACUACCUAUCAAACAACCCUGAGUCAAUUCAUCAGGUGAUGAUUCUCAUGGGCGACAGGGGCAUUCCUGAUGGCUUCCGCUUCAUGCACGGCUACUCCGGGCACUCUCUGAAGCUCGUCAAGAAGAACGGCGAUUGGGUCUAUUGCCAGAUUCAUAUGAAAUCCCAGCAAGGUACCAAGUUCCUAACUCAGGAAGAGUCCGCCACCAAAUCUCCAGACCACUCCCAGAAGGAUCUCUACGAGGCCAUCCAGCGUGGUGAUUACCCCAAGUGGUCAGUGGAGAUCCAAACCAUGACCCCCAAGGAAGCUGAAGAGGUCUGGGCCAAGCAAGGCAUCAACGUCUUUGACUUGACCCACGUAUGGCCUCAGAAGCAAUUCCCCUUGCGCAAGGUGGGAGAAUUCACAUUAAACGAGAAUUGCGUCAACUACUUUGCCGAAGUCGAGCAAGCGGCAUUCAGCCCUUCUCAUAUGCCUCCCGGCAUUGAACCCUCCGCCGACCCAGUCUUGCAAUCACGUCUCUUCUCCUACCCAGACACCCACCGCCACCGUGUGGGUGCUAAUUAUCAACAACUCCCCAUCAAUGCUGCUCGCACAGCCUACAAAUACGGAAACUUCCAACGCGAUGGUCCCAUGGCAUUCUACAACCAGGGCGCUAGGAUGAACUAUCUUUCUUCCAUUGAUCCUAUCCAGUUCCGCGAGAGAUCAGUUGAUUACGACAAGACACAUGGUCACUUCCAAGGUAAUGCCAUCACCUUCCUCUCUCAAAUCCGACCUGAAGACUUCAACGCUCCACGCGCCUUGUGGGAGAAAGUUUGGGACGAGCCUGCGCGGGAACGAUUCAUCAGCAAUGUGACUGGCAAGAUGGAGGUCUGCCCGAACAAAGAGAUUCUGAAGAGGCAGAUUGCCAUCUUCCGUGAAGUCAGUGAAGACAUCGCUCAGCGACUAGAGAAAUCGACAGGAAUCAAGGGCUAUGAUGGUAUUAAGAACAUGAAGUUCAAUGGUGAACACAACGGCAUGAGUUCGGAUCCUGCUAUUAAGCAGGCCAACGGUGUCAAAGCUACGGCAUUCGGGAACGACACCAACGGAGCACCGACCAAGGGUUCGCACGACAGCAUUCCGAUCCAGAAUGGUGCAUAG